CACCAAGAGAGGAAUGAACAUCUAAAGCUGGGGCCCUCUCGCCAUGGAACUUGAUCAAGAUCAGAAAGUGGAAACACCAGAAGAAGCAGAAAAUGGAAACGAUGAAGCGCAACUGGAGGAACAAACCCAAGAUGAAGAAACUGAAACUGAAACUGAAACUGAAACUGAAUCUGAAACUGAAACUGAAGCCGAAGCUGAAGCUGAAGGGGCAGAUAGAGCCAUACUUGAGAGGAGUGAGUCGGUCAAAGCGAAACUCGUCCCCCAGGCAGAGAAGCAAAUCCAAGAUGAGAAAACUGGAAUUAAAGAGGCAGAUAGAGCCCUACAGGAGCAAACCCAAGAUGAAGAAACUGAAGCUGAAGGGGCAGGUGGAGCUGAAGGGGCAGAUGAGAGGAGUGAGUCGGUAAAAGCGAAACUCGUCCCCCAGGCAGAGAAGCAAAUCCAAGAUGAGAAAACUGGAAUUAAAGAGGCAGAUAGAGCCAUACAGGAGCUGCCUGCUAACGCCGAGUUGGCCGGCGUGAAGAUCCAGGCCUGGUGGCGAGGUACGCUGGUACGCCGAACCCUGCUGCUUGCAAUCCUCAGCGCUUGGACCAUUCAGUCCUGGUGGAAGGAGUCAAAGAGCAGGUUGCAGGGGAGGAAGUUGCAUGACGUGAUGCGCUGCAGACUGAGAAACCUAAACCUAAAGUCCAUCAGCAGAAGAAAACGACUCAACCAAAGCUCCUUCCUUUAAAACAACCCAAGGACUCAAAGAUAAAAAGGACCCGAGCAGCCAAGAAGAUCCAGGCCUUGUGGCGUGGAUUCCUGGUAAGGCAAACUCUGCUGGCUGCAGCCCUCCGCGUCUGGGUGAUCCAGUGUUGGUGGAGGAGCGUCCUCCACAGGCAGGUACUUAAACGACGGCUGUCCCUGCUGAGGGUGUACGUCAUCGAGGAAGAGGCAGCCGUCAGGCUCCAGGCCUGGGUUCGAAUGUGGAAUUGCCGUCGAUACUUCAAUCAAGUAUGCAAAACACUUUGUGUCAUCCCAUCUGUCGAAAACAGCCUUACCUUCAAGAACGAUGACAUUUUACAGGGUCAAUAUGAAGUUGUUUCCAAGCAACCAGAGUUCCACAUUGAAAUCUUAUCCAUCUAAAGGCCCACAGCACAAAGAGUUGGCUCCAAUGCCUAAAUAAACACCUGAACUAA